UAUAGCGGCCAGAGAAUGCCGCUCUAGGGUUUAAGCAAUGGAGAUGGAGAGCGAGGCUCCGGCCGCGGCGCAGGAUCUCCAGUCAGACGAUAUGAUCUGCAGCCAGGACUUUUUAUGCACUGCCGAUUAUGUGACGCCCGUGGAGCAGCAGUUCACUGUGGAUUUCAAUGCUUCAGACAAGAAUGCUGUGCUCAAUGUGCCUGUGGGUCUGACGCCUCUACGGAGCAAAAGACCAAGAAGUGAUGAAUAUUUGAACCAAGAAGCAGAGAAUGCAAAGACAUUGUCUCUGCGACAGCGCGUCAUGUCCCCACCAUGCUUCCGGAACCCUUUUGUUAACAGUGAUGUGUUUCCCGAGAGAGCUAGGCAGGGAUGUGUCUCUGCUUUUGGUUCUUCAUCGCGUUACCGUGAGGAGUUCCAUCAAAUCAAGGAAAUAGGACGAGGUGAUUUCAGCUAUGUUUAUAAAGUUCUCAAAAGACUUGACGGCUGCCUUUAUGCUGUAAAGCAUUCCAAUCGGCGGCUGCUGAAUGAGGGAGAUCGGAGGAAAGCACUGAGAGAAGUUCAGGCACUCUCGUGUCUUGGUUACCAUGAAAACGUAGUGCGUUACUUCUCUUCAUGGUUCGAGAAUGACUUUCUGUAUAUCCAAAUGGAGCUGUGCGAGACGAAUCUACGAGACGAGAGCCUUGCAUGGACAUUUACGGAGAAGAAGCUGACCGAGGCGAUGUUCCAACUCUUAAACGCUUUGAAGCACUUACACUCGCAUGGCCUUGCUCACCUGGACGUGAAGCCUGACAACAUCUACAUUCGCAAAGGCGUCUACAAGAUUGGCGACUUUGGCCUUGCUUGUCGAAUCGAUGGAGCCAUUUCCAUUGAGGAUGGGGACUCGAGAUAUCUCCCGAUGGAGCUCAUCAACGAUGAUCACAGUCACCUCGACAAAGCCGACAUGUUUUCCCUGGGGGCGACUUUCUACGAGCUCGCAAGACGCUCGCCACUACCAGCGUCCGGAAGCCAGUAUCAAGCCAUCCGCCAGGGAAAGCUCGCUCUUCUUCCCGGAUUCUCUCUUGUGUUCCAGAGCUUGAUCAAGUCUCUGAUGCAUCCAGCAGCAAAAAAUCGCCCCUCGGCUGCUCAAGCUCUCAAGAACGCGCUCUUCAAGAAGUCCUCAUCAAAGGCUCUUUGAGAGGAAGAACUGAAGAGAUUUUCGUGGAGGAAUUUUUUCGGCAAGCGCGAUCUGUGAGCUUCGAUCUGGAUAGGGUUCUACAAGAUUAAUCACCUGAUUGGCAGUGAUGAUGACGAACUCUAUAUGACUGAGUCAAGCCCUUUGACUCCGUAAAAAAUCCGAUCCUAAUAUUUUAUAUCAUCUUGAAUA